GUUUACAAUAUCAGCGCUAUAUUGUUCGCGUUAAUCGAACCAUUGGUGCGAAUCAUGUUUCAUGAUGCUUUGAGAAAGCGUUUCAAGCAUAUUUUUUCGUGUUGUUUGGGACGAUCACGUAUGGAAUCAAAUGCAGACGGUUCGAACGGACCUCGAGGCCAUGUGAUAUUCGCUGAUAAUCGCAUAAACCCAGCCAUCGUGCGACUGUACGACAGCAAAGGGCGACUGAUGACAUUUUCGGCUGCCGAGGAGCGGAAUUUAUACUUUCAGAAUUUGAGUAAUUCCUGGAAAUAG